AUGGUGGCCGGAAUCUGGUUGCGUUUGUNUUUGGUUUCAUCAGGUGCUGAUGCUCAACUGUGUGUGUGGAGCAUUGAUACAUGGGAGAAGAGGAAAUCAAUUGCAAUCCAACUUCCAGCUGGAAAGGCACCUAACGGCGACACACGAGUACAAUUCCAUACUGAUCAAAUCCGCAUGCUUGUAGUUCAUGAGACACAACUAGCAAUAUAUGAUGCCUCCAAGAUGGAACGAAUUCGGCAGUGGGUACCACAAGACACGUUGUCCGCGCCGAUAUCUUGUGCAACAUACUCUUGUUAUAGCCAAUUUGUUUAUGCUACCUUUUGUGAUGGUAACGUUGGCGUGUUUGAUGCCGAAACCCUCAGGCUAAGAUGCAAUAUUGCUCCAUCGGCAUAUAUGUCCACAUCAAUCUUGAACGGAAGCCAAACUGUGCACCCGCUUGUAGUCGCUGCACAUCCAAUCGAACCCAACCAAUUCGCUGUCGGGUUGACAGAUGGAUCGGUUAAAGUGUUGGAGCCCACCGAAUCGGAGGGGAAGUGGGGAGUGCCUCCGCCUGUUGAUAACGGGAUACUGAACGGUAGGACAACAUCAUCGUCAACCACAAGCAACCACACACCGGAUCAAUUACAAAGAUAAGAUGAAGGCGGAGAUGACUUUGUAUUUAAAAUGUGUGUAGAUUAUUAGGUUUUAGAAGUCUCCCCGUAUGAAUCAAAGGUAGGUAAAGUACAUUACUUUAUUAGAUAUGCACAUUCUUGUAUACUCAGUUGUUCUAGUCUACUUUUUGUUUCUUAACCUCUUGAGUGUUCAUUGUGAAUUCUUUUAUUAUGUUCUAAUAAACAUAAUUCAUAUUAGUCAUGAUU